AUGUUACAGGUAAGGUGGACUGCUGUCACCCUGAUGUGCCUGCUCUUUCACCAAGCUGCAUUUGCCAGGAACGUGUCACUAAAAUGCAUGCAGGACACCACGACGUUCCUUGUGGAAUUAGAGAAAGAGACGCCGAGACAAUAUGCAGUGCUAAUGUAUGAUGCAUUUGGUAAGAUGGGCAGUGAUGUUGAAGGGGGUAAUGUGAACAGACUGGGAUCUGUGAGAGAGUGUCGGUCUGUGGAAGGCCCGGAAUUUAGUGGACAGUACUGCCAGGUCUUUCUCAAACAGGACAGGGUGGAAUAUUUUGUGGGUGUUUGUGUUCCGGACUCUUGUACAGAAUCAGAGGUCCAGACACUAAUGUAUUAUGAAGCAUUUGAGCAGGGACGAAUCUCUUUGAUUCCUCCUGUGCCUUCAGUCUUAAUGUCUGAUUCCACAUUGGGCAUAUUUAUGACUCAGUGCUAUAGUGAUUCAACUCAUUUAGACCUGUCUGCUAUAAACUGUCUGUUUGUGUGUAGUGUGUUGUUGGCACUUCCUCUUGUAGCUUCGAUCUAUGUGGCCUUAAUCAAAAGGAAGAAACUGCGAGAGGUAAGGCCUGGGGCGGGCCUUACCCAAACCUCAAACACUAACCAAUACGGAGCUGUCUUGUCUAAUGGCUCAGCCACCCAAGAUGCCACACAGACAAGUGAUCAAAAUGCAGAAAAUUACCAACAGAACUUCACAAAGAGUUUUUUGUCAUGCCUGCAUGGAUUCUCCAUUCAGAACAGUGGUGAAGGUUUGCUGUGUGCAGGAAACUCUGCAAGCAGUUAUUCGUCUCUAAAUGGCAUCCGUAUCCUCAGUUUACUCUGGAUCAUCUCAGGACACACGGUACAGCUCAGUGUCUGGAACAAGCUGGACAAUGAUAAGAGAUGGAAGGAAAUGGUAGAGAGCAACCCUCUGUAUGUGUUUGCCUUCAGUGGACCAGUCUAUCUAGCGGUUGACUCUUUUCUUCUGUUGGGUGGUCUUCUGAGUGCUAAGUCCCUGUUAAGCUCCAUCCGGAGGUCAGACAACACUCUUAGCACUGGUCUGGUGGCCCAUUUUCUCAUCAAGAGGUUCAAAAGGAUUCAACCUCUCCACCUCUUCAUCGUGUGUCUGACCAUUGGACUGUUCUCCGUUGCUCAGAGUGGGGUCUUCUGGUUUAUAGCUGAGGAUGAGAUCUUCAACUGUAAGAAAUACUGGUGGUUAAACCUGCUCCUCAUCAACAACCUUUUCACCAUUACAGACAUUUGUGCACCCUGGACGUGGUAUCUCUCCAUAGAUUUCCAGUUCUAUGCAACAACUCCUCUUCUGAUAUUCAUGUAUAGACUGAACAAAAGGGUGCUUGUUGUUGUGUCGAUAGUUCUCCUCAUGGUCUCCAGUGUAACUGGAGCCCUGAUCACCGGUUUCCUGCAUCUCCCUGUGCACCAGCCGACCACACUAGCAUAUGAGAGCUACUUCCAGUACUACUACAACAAACCCUAUACAAGAUAUGGGCCAUAUCUACUGGGUAUUCUUGCUGGAAUUUACAUGACAACCAAGAAAGAAACACUUAUAAAAAAACAGUGGCAGGCAGUCAUAGGUUGGCUCUGCUCCCUGUCAGUCAUGGCCCUGGUAGUGGGAUUGGCCUACGUAUUAAGAGAAGUGCCGCCCCAUCUGUCCCUUCCCCAUGCUGUUUAUCAGGGGAUGCACCGCUCACUGUGGGCCCUGGCUCUGGUGUGGAUCAUCCUGGCCUGUGAGGAGGGAUACGGGGGGUUUGCGGAUACAAUUCUGUCACUAAGCCUGUGGACUCCACUCUCGAACAUCAGCUUUGCCUGUUACCUGAUUCACCCCAUCAUUAUUAUUCUGUACAAUGGAAAACAAGAGACAACCAUGCACUACACAGACCUUAACUUUUUCUACCUGUUUCUAGGCCACCUGCUGUUGACUGUCGUUGCAGGUUAUUUGUUAACUCUGCUAAUCGAAAAGCCGUAUCUCUUCCUGAUGAGGGCGAAACAAUAAGCCCUGCUUCCUUCAAAACUGAC